AUGACAGAUCCAGAAUGGACAGAAAAGGACGAUGGGGAGGAGGAAGAGGAGUUAGUCAUCCUUGACCCAGAUCAUCCACUGGUGAAAAGGCUUCAAGAUGCUCUGAACAGUCACUUCAGGAAAAACCUGGAAAGAAUCAAGCAGGAACUGAGUGAGAAGCGGUUCAUCAAAAAGGCAGACGACAUCCAGUUACAGGAAGUGAGCAUUGAGGCGUUCAGGGUUCAUGAACUGCUGACCAAAAUGAGAAACAAGAUGGAGGAUGCUGUACAGACCAAAGUUCAGGCCGAAGUCCAGCGCCGGCAGGCACAAGAUCAGGUAGAGAAGACAAAGAGCAAAUUUUCUGACCUGAGCAAGAAGAACAGCCAGGAGGAAUCUCACGCCUCUAAGCUACAGGGGAAAUUAGACAAACUGUUGCAGCACCUCAGCUUUACACAAGGAGUCAGUGAAGAUCUGCAGUCCAACGUCAAAACCAUGAAGAACCUUCAACACAGAGCAGGAGCUGAGAAAACUCAGGCUGAAGAUCAGAAACUACAACAAGACUUGUAUAUUGAUCAUCUAACAAAAGAACUGGAGAGGCUCACCCGGCAGGCAGCCAUGUAUGAGGCCCAGAAAAGAGCUCAAGCCGAGGAGACGCAGGCAGCCAAGGAGGCGUUCUCUGAGGCAGAAAUGGAGAUGGAGUCGCUUUUAUUGGCACGUAAGCAGCUGCUGCAGCAGUGGAACGGCAGCCUCACGAGCAUUAGGAGAAAAAAUGAGGCCUUUUGUGAGAUGCAGGAGGCAUUACAUUCUGUAGAGCAUCAGGUGAUUUUGCUGGAAAGAGAAAUUGAAGGUUAUAAGAAAGCUACAGCUGCAGAGCAGGAGAGAAAUGAAACUCUGACUGUUGGUCUUAACUGGUGUGAAAUGGACUCUGCGACUUCUAAAAAGCUGAUCAGUCAGAAGCGGGCUGCGCAGGAGGUGCUGCAGGCCAAGUACAGUGCCUGUCUGCGCUCUCUGCAGGAGACGGAACGGACCGUCGCCACACUCACAAAGGAAAGCAGUAUUUACCAGUCUGAACUGAACGAUCAGAAGAAGCAGUUUGAAGAAGAGAAUUCUGUGCGUCUGGAUCUGGAGGAUAAAAUCAUGGCUUAUAUUCAACAGCAGCUCAUGCACAACAAAGCUGCCAAGUACUCACAACAACUCAUCAGCAAGAUGGCUGCUCUGAAGAAAGACAAGAUGUGUCAGUUGCAGCAGAUGGACAACGACAUGUUAACAAUAGCCCAGGAGAACCAACAGAUCAACGAACGUUUGAGCAGCUUGUCUCUCAUUCAGGAGGCUCUCAUCAAUGAGGCUGACAAACACAACAAGUUACUGACUGUAAGUCAGACCAACUUUUCUUCAUCCGCUCGCCUCAUCGAGCAGAAACAAGUGACGAUCGCCAACCUCACUAAGAAGAUUUCAAUCAUUGCAGCGAACACGGGGCGUGAUGACCUGAGUCCUCUUCACAUCAAAGUUCAGGGAACAAUGGCUCAGAUUGAUGAGCUGAAAGCAAACAUCAGGAAUGGCCAGGAGCUCUGGAUGCUGCAGCAGGGAACGCUAGUGGGACUGAGCAAAGACUUGGAGACCAACAGCAGGAUGAUGCUCAAGCUGCAGACUCAGUACACUGGAAUGAAACAGAAGAAAAUCCACUUGGAAAGUCAGAUUGAGCAGGAGCAGAGAGACAUUGCAGAACUGGAGAAGAACUCCAAAAUUCUGGAGCGAGACCUGGAGAAGCUCAGCAUCCUGCUGAGCAAGAACCAACAUCUGAGUCGUGCUCUGGAACAGGAGAACGCACUGAUGGAGACACACUUUAUUCAACAAAUCAAGGCAUCCGAGUGGGAAUCUGUGAGCAUUCAAAUGAAAGUUGAGAAGAUGCAGGAAGAAAACGAGAUGCUUCUCCAGAGUCUGGGCCAUGCUGAACAACAGAUCAUGCUGUGGGAGAGAAAGACGCAGAUUUUAAAGGAGACUUAUUCAGCUUUGGAUUCUCAGAUGGGCCAGGAGGAAAUCCAGAAGAUGAAGGCUGAAAUCCAUCGUAUGGAGUUACGAGUCAUCCAGCUGACCAAACAACAGGAGCAGCUGAUGAGGGAAAGUGAGGCAGCUGUGGCGAAGAGGGAAAGCAUCCUUCUGCAGAAGGCGGCCAUGACUCGAAGCUCGCACAGAGAGACUACUGUGGCUGAGCUGAAACGCUCCGUGGAGAGCCUUGAGCGCUCC